AUGCAAUCACCGGUGACUAACGAAGACGCUAUCGUAGCCGCCGCUGCUGUCGAAGGCACUGUAACUGGUGGAGAUUCACAUCCUCCCGUUGCUGUCGAUUCUCCUGACUUGAGAACCACUGCCGUGUCUCAAGCUCCUGGUCCUUUUGUACCUACUCUAGGAGCGUGGGCAAAGCCACUGAAGCUUUCUCCUUCAGCGUCCGUAGAAGGAAAGGCUAGCUCGAACCUCCCCCAAGAUCUGUCGUACCCGACGUCCCAGUGGCCAUCUCUCCCUUCGGGUCAAAAUGAAGGUCAUACCAAGAACAUAGCCACGCAGGCGACUAACAAAGGCCCUAUGGUAACCGUCGCUGCUGUAGAAGGCAUUCUCGCUGGUGGAGCUGAUCUGAGAACCACUGCCGUGUCUCCGGCUCCAGGUCCUUUUGUACCUACUCUUGGAGCUUGGGAAGAACCCGUGAAGAUCCAUCUGCCUUCUUCUUCUUCCGGGUUGGCCGUACCAUGGGAUGUUGGUUCGAACCUCCUCCAAGAUCCGUCAGAUACGUCCCAAUUGCCAUCUUUCUCUUCAGGUCAACGUGAAGGUCACACCAAGAACAUAUCCAUGGAGCAUGCUCUUGCAAAUAAAGCAGACGUUAUUGUUGCAGAGAAUGGCACCGGAAAUUUUAAGACUGUAAAGGAGGCAGUCGCCUCCGCCCCGGAGAAUAGCGCGACCCGGUACACCAUAUUAGUGAAGAAAGGUGACUACCAUGAAAACGUUGUGAUCGAGAAGAAUAAAAGGAAUAUAACAAUCCUAGGCGAGGGAAGGGACUCCACGUUUCUCACCGGCAGUUUGAACUGCGCUGAUCAUCAUAUCAGUACAUACGAUUCCGCAACACUUGGCGUCAAUGCAGAUGGGUUUAUGGCCCAGGACAUCUGCAUCAGGAACAUAGCCGGGCCGGCUAAGGAACAGGCCGUGGCUCUCCGAAUCACUGCCAAUAGAGCAAUCGUAUACCGUUGCACUAUCGAUGCUUAUCAAGAUACCCUAUACGCGCACGAGGGGACACAUUUCUACCGCGACUGCUACAUCACAGGCACGGUAGAUUUCAUCUGUGGAAAUGCGACAGCCGUGUUCCAGAAAUGCGACAUUGAGGCCAGAAAACCACUCCAGGGGCAACAGAACAUGAUCACUGCUCAAAAGUGCGAGAAAAAGGUUCUGAAGACGUGUUUUUCUAUCCACAAAUGCAGAAUAAUGGCAACUCAGGAUCUUGCUCCAGUCAAGGGCACGGUAAAGACAUUUCUAGGACGUCCGUGGGGUCCUUACGCAACAGUCGUAGUUAUGAAGUCUUUUAUAGACGACCUCAUUGAUCCAGCGGGUUGGGCACCGUGGGACAACGAUAAAGGACGCUUGUCAACAUUAUACUACGGGGAAUAUCAGAACAUUGGCCCGGGGGCGUACACAAACAAGAGAGUUAAAUGGGAAGGAUUCGAAUCAAUAAAGGAUCCGAAAGAAGCUGCAGAAUUCACAAUUGAAAAACUUCUAGAAGGAGGGUCGUGGAUUAGAUCUAGGGGAGUUCCUUACGAGGAAGGACUUUGA